GUUAGAUAUACAGCAGCUCGAGCGGCCGUGGCUUUCUUAGUUGAUCAAGUCCAUGAACAGCAGCAGAAACAGUUUAUAGAUGUUGUACCUGGAAUAUUACAGGUAAGAGCUUCCAAUGCGAAUAAAUUGGAUGUAUUAAGUGUAAGUUAGAUGUAUGUAAUUUUAUGAAUGCGAGCCGUGCGGCAUGGUCCAUACAAUAAUAGGGUGGACCGUUGUUUUAAUAGAGGUUUUAUAUAAGAAGAGAAAGUAUAAAAUUGAGAUUUUGGUGAUUAGCGAGAUUUUCGGGCCCGAGAUGCAUGAUUUAUAGAAACAGAAGCAUCGGUCUUUUUGUUCUUUUACAAAAAUAAACAACACAUAUGUCAGGAGAUUAAGGAAAAGCGUGAAAUGAUAUUUUUUAUAAUAUGUAUCGUAUGUUUUAGUAUAGUAUAGUGUGGUAUGGAAUGGUAUUCUUGGGUUGGUUUGUUAUGGUAUAGUUUAAUUUAGUAUUUGAUGUGGUAUGGAUUGCAAUGGUGUGUUUGAUGCGGUAUAGCUGAAUGUUGUUCUGUAAAAUAUGAAUUGGAAUAAUGUAGUAUUAUGUUGGUGUGGUAUAAUGUAUAGUAUGGUUUUGGGUGAGGCCUAACAAAGAAUCUUGUUGUUCCGCUUUCAUAUCCCGAAAUAUUAGUGCAGGUAGGUCUGAAAAAAUUUUACUGAGAAAUGUUUUCUUUUUUUUGCUUGAUAUUGGUUAGCAAAUGGUCAUGGGUGUAAUGAUUUGGCAUUGCCAUAGCACAUAAGCAUUUCCAGAAGCAAUAAUCGUGAAAUCGGACGCCAUUUUUGGCGUCAACGAAAAAAUAGGGUCAGUAGGUAAGAAAACAACCGCAACCACAUAAAAAAAAACAUUAGGGUCGGUCGGGAAACCGGAACCACGGCAUGUUAUAUGUUUAGUAUUCACAAUCGUAUUCACACGGCAUGUUAUAUGUUUAGUAUUCACGGUCGGGAAACCGGAACCACGGCAUGUUAUAUGUUUAGUAUUGUUGCCUUUGUGGGUAUGGUGUACUGUGGAUACUAUGUAUCGAAUUCUGUAGAGUGUCAUGUUACUUUAUGUUAUUCUAUGGUACUUACAUUAUGUAUAACACCUCGUUAAAUUAUGGUCAUUUAGGGGCUGAUCACAUGGGGAGUUUUCAGCCCGGGCUGAGUUUAAUCCCGGUUUCACCUAUUAAAACACAGCAAACGAUUACAUGACAGAAAUUUCAGUCAGGUUGAAACUACCCAGGCUGAAAAUUUCGUCCCGGUUGACCGGGCUGAAAAUAAUCAUGUAAUCGACGGGAAAUUUCAACCCGGGUUGAAAAAACAGCGUUUAAGUGGCUUUAGUUCCGUCUGUUCUAUUUUUAAAUGCAACCACAGUCACGCAGAAGUCAAAAAAUAGACAUGAACAACGUUUUAAAUUCAUCGAAGAAGCGGAAUAGCUCCAUUUUGAGAUUUGAUCGUUUCAGCCCGGGCUGAGAUUUCACCCCACUGUUUGAACUGAAAUACUAACUCACCCCGGGCUGAAAUUUGCCAUGUAAUCAUGAAACAAUUCAGCUCGCUUAACCGAGUUGAAAUUCAGCCCCGGCUGAAAAUUCCCCAUGUAAUCAGCCCUAAGUUGGCUGAUUAUGAUCACGUGAUAUCGAAUAAAAAUUUCCAUUUUGCCCAGCGUGCAAUGGGACGCGUAAUAUUGCACGCUCAGCCGUGCAUUUUUGUACUAUACGAUUUGUUCCAUUGCACCACAGAGUAGAGACUUAUACAGAGACGUAACUGACCGUCGUAAACACUGCGGAAGAUUACGUUACCAUGUACCCACUUUUUUUCAGGCGACCGGGCGAAAAAAUGGUCAACUGCGCAUGCUCGGCAAGUUUAAAGUGAGUCGUCAUCAGGUCGUCAUCCAAUCAGAUGCAUGCAUCUAGUAACUUGCCGAGCAUGCGCACAAAAAAGUGGGUACACUAGUUUCGUCUCUGUAUGUCUCUACUCUGUGAUUGCACAGUGAGGUUUUAAUUAGAUUCAAUCAUUCAAAAUCCUAUUCGUAUCGUCAUCGCAGCCCAUUUAACAUCGCAGUCCAUUUAUGGUAUUGUAUGUUAUACUACUGUGUGAUAUGAUAUUAUACAGUAUAAAUAAUCUGUAUACAUGUAGGCGUUGAAAGAUAGUUUACAAGAGCAAGAUGACAACGUACUGAAAAGCAUGAUUGAUCUUUCUGAGAAAGCACCAAAGGUUUUAAGAAAUAAUUUGGAAAUUGUUUUAAAUAUCACUCUUCAGGUAUGGAGCAGGUUAUACCAGGACUAGAACACGUUUUACUUUUUUUUGUGUUUGUUCAUGUUGUGUGUUGAUAUUAUAGUGAUUUCAGAUUUGAUAUUUCUAGACGGUUUCAAAUACAGAAUAUGAAAAUACCGUCCGGCAGCUCGCUUUGGAAUGCAUUGUUACAUUGGCAGAAUCAGGUAAAUACUAUUUCAAGAGAAACUGUACUGGAGAUUAUGUAUAGGUGGAUUACGGUCCAUCACAUAAUUAACAAUAAUACCAUGCAAUGGCGAUGUAUCUCUUGUUAGUUGGUAGUUGUAUUUAUAACAUCAUUUUGACAUACGCUUGCAUGCGUAUACUAGGAGACACAUAAAGUUAGAAAUGUCAAGUAUAUUGUGGCCUACUUGUGCCAGUUGAGAGCAUCGUUUGUGGGCAAUGGCCAUAAGUAGAUAAUAAGUUUCAGUGUCAAACUGUCGGUGCCAGUGAAGGUACCGAUGACUACAAGCAGUAAUUUUUGUAGGAUAUGCAACUACUUGAAAAGACAAAAAGAGCUUCGACGUAAUAAAAUAUUGCUGCUUGUAUUAAUGUAUAUAUUUAAGUUCAACUAUUCUGAACGAGGACUGCAUCAAACCAAUAUAAUUUGCUAAAAUAGUACAAUAAUUUACGAUUUAGGGGUUACGAGUUAUUUUCUUUUGUAAUUACAUUCCACAGUAAUUACUGUAAUUACUUUUUCAUUUCGUAUAGCCCCAGCCAUGCUUCGAAAGUAUCAGAAGUUUUUCCCACUCAUUGGUAAGUUUGUUGGUGUUUGCUGCGUAUAUAUACUAAAACUGUCUGUACCAGUGUGGGUAGUACCAAUGUGAAAAUGCUGUGCUGAGUGGUUAUAUUACUACCUUACAAAACAAGCAGAAACUCGACGUUUCGAGCGAAGGCCCUUCGUCAAGAGUUAGCGUAGCCGUUAGAGUAGCCUUCGCUCGAAACGAAGGGCCUUCGCUCGAAACGUUUCUGCUUGUUUUUUAAGGUAGUAAUAUAACCACUCAGCACAGCGUUUGCGCAGCCUUUUUCUUUUGUUAGUAUAGGUAAUUUUGUAAGUUGUCUUCUAAGAUCCUAGCACUUUACUGAGUAGAACUACCCAGUAAUGUACAGCAGUGAGUAAAAUGCGAGAUGAGGUUUGUCGUGGUGACAUCACUAUAGCUUCCAUACCCCAUAGGGAACAAGAACAAUAAUCAUGUGUUUUAAAUGGAGGAUUGAAAUAUAUGUUUGUAUAGAAGUACUCUUUGAAAGCUAAAUAUGUUUGAUAAUCCAGUGAGCAUUGAGUGCAAGCGCUCUCCCUUUGAAGAGUAAAAUCGUCUGGCAUUAGACAGAGUAAAAUAAUAAAGUAGGGCGCAUUAGCCAUUAAGGCACAUUAGCCAUUAAAGCGCGAUGCAACUUCAUCAAUUACCUAAGCACAUGGGCAAAUAGUCUGAUUAACAUAUUGAGCCCCAACGCUCUCCCCUUGACGAGUAAAAUCGUCUGGCGUUAGAUAGAGUACAAUAAUAAAGUAAGGCGCAUGCAACUCAAUAAGUUAAAUUUGACUUGUCAAUGAGUUCUAUAAUUACAACCCUCUUACAGUAUCUAAAUAGUUUUGUUUCUAACUUGUCUAGUUCCUCAAAUGUUAGCGAUGAUGGUAGAUUUAGAAGAUGAAGCUGACUGGAGUGUAUCAGAUGAUCCUGAGGAUGAAGAUUGUGAUAG